GUGGGCAUAUAUAGGGGCACACGAGCCUGUGGAAGUCCUGCCCACUCACCAGCUCUGCCCCGUCCCAGGAUGAAGGUGGUUGUGGGCCCAGACCCUUCCCUGGUCUACCGGCCUGAUGUGGACCCAGAUGUGGCCAAAGACAAGGGCAGCUUCCGAAACUAUACGUCUGGGCCGCUCCUGGACCGUGUUCUCGCCACCUACAAGCUGAUGCACACGCGGCAGACUGUGGACUUCGUCAGGAAAAAGCAUGCCCAGUUUGGGGGCUUCUCCUAUAAGAAAAUGACCAUCAUGGAGGCUGUGGACAUGCUGGAUGGGCUGGUGGAUGAGUCGGACCCCGACGUGGACUUCCCUAACUCCUUCCACGCCUUUCAGACGGCUGAAGGCAUCCGGAAGGCCCAUCCUGACAAGGACUGGUUCCACCUCGUUGGGCUCCUGCACGACCUAGGGAAGGUCCUGGCUCUGGCAGGGGAGCCCCAGUGGGCAGUUGUUGGAGACACCUUCCCAGUUGGCUGCCGUCCCCAGGCCUCUGUGGUUUUCUGUGACUCCACCUUCCAGGAUAACCCUGACCUCCAGGAUCCUCUGUACAGCACGGAGCUUGGCAUGUACCAGCCCCACUGUGGGCUCGAGAAUGUCCUCAUGUCGUGGGGCCAUGACGAGUACAUGUACCAGAUGAUGAAGUUCAACAAAUUCUCCCUCCCACCAGAGGCCUUCUACAUGAUCAGAUUCCACUCCUUCUACCCGUGGCACACGGGUGGCGACUACCGGCAGCUGUGCAGUGCGCGGGACCUGGCCAUGCUGCCCUGGGUGCGGGAGUUCAACAAGUUCGAUCUCUACACCAAGUGCCCUGACCUGCCUGACGUGGACGAUCUCCGGCCCUACUACCAGGGGCUCAUCGAUAAGUACUGCCCUGGCGUCCUGCGCUGGUGACCGGCCUGCCCGCCCUGUGCAGGCCUGGCCGGGCAUCUGAUGAUGGUCCCCGUCAGGCACAGUGAUGGCCUGCCUGGCCUUUCCAGGGGCCCCCACUGUGCCCACCUAUGGGCUGCACUCCCUGACCUGGUGGCAAUAAAGACCUUGAGGCAGCCUGUGAGUCGGAGCCUCACUGAGGCGGACACUCAGUCCGUGUGCGGCCUCUUGGAUACACGUCCUGCUGUUGCUGCCGCCAUAAGCAUCUCACUAGUCCUCUGAGCUCUGGCAUCAGAACCUGGGUUCACCUUGCUCACCUCCACAUUCUUGAAACAGUCCCUGAGCCCUCUGGGCUUGGUCUCCUUAAACAAAACACAACAUCUGUGAGCUAGAAGAACACACUACAGAAACAUAAAAUGAACACACAACCCUGAAGAGCCCCCCAGGCUGGUUUUCUGGGUGCCCCAAGGUGCGGCCUCACCUUGGCUGGACAGUCACCUCCUCCCUGUGGCUUCAUCCCCCAGGAGUAACCCUCAGCGCUGCAGGGAGCGCCAGCCGCUGCCACCCCAGCGUUUAUCUCUGAAGAAAGUGGGUUGUUGGUCUGGGAGUUUCCUGUGGGAGUUCACGGAUUGCAGCCCCUCAGUACCCAGCAGUGUUUUCUCUGUAUUUCCUGCUAAUUAGUAAAAGAAUUCAGAGGCUUA